UCGGUCUCUCCGCCGCCGCCGGCCGACCUCGGCUCAUACUCGCGCACCAUGCACCAACACACCAAGCGGCAAAUGGAAGCGGCGUCACAGUCAUCGCUCCGGCGAGGCCAGAGCACCGACUCGUCGACAACAGCAUCAGGGCCGUCGCCGCUGCCCAACGACGUGUCCAGCAGUCGGAACCGCAUGGGCAGU